AAAAAAAAAAAAAAAAAGCCUCUAGACAGAACCAAGGACGCCGUGUCGAGGUAAAGGGGUGCCCUAUUGCUAGAUGAUGGUUGAAAAAUGAAGGAAAACGGCAAAAUUGUUAUUUAAGGCGAAUCGAAGAGCAGUAACCUCAAUUCUAUUUGCUGCAUGUUAGGUUUUUGUCUUGCUUGUUCUGUGUUUAGGUUCAGACGAACAUCUCCGCAAUAAUGUAUUAGUAAGCAGGUGGACACAGCCGCCUGCCCUGGAAGAGUCCGUGCUGGGAUUUCUCAAGGCUCAUAAUCCAUAUUCUUUGUUCAUUCCUGGACCAGAUCGCGUUCACGCUUACGUCGACGGCAUACCAUCGCAACACUGCUACAAGCAUAUUGAUGUUACUUCGAUAGUCGAUUUUAGAGGGCACACUCGAGGAUCUGCCCUCCUUGAUCUCGAUAGUCACGCGGGAAGGUAUCGUUCGCGCUCCCAUCCACAUCGAGUAUUUCAACCUCCCAAAACUUCUCUUCGACCUCAACGCGCAUACGAACAUAUCGAAUUGUCGAACUUGAUCUCAUAUCUAACACGCAAAGAUGGAUGCACCUCAGCGUGCGAAUGCUGCGCAGCUAGCAGCAAGAAACAUCAAGGCAAAGCCGAAAGGGAGGACAGGCCGUACCGUGACAGGGUCCCGAUCUGACUCGAUACCACAAUUUGCCCAACCAGCGCAGAACGGAAAUGGACUCUUUGGUGGAAGCAUACAAGGCUCAGGCUCCUUUGACUUCUCUGCUCCCGGGGGGAUGACUUUUGCGGCCCCUCCAUUUGGUAGCAAUGCAACACCCUCACCGGACGUGUCAGACAGCGAAGGCCGAUUCCCGGGAGAUGAUAGAGCUAUGAAGAGACAGUUUGGAGGUUCAUCAACGAUGCAGCAGAGUCAGCCGGCCACGGUUCAGUCUGGUUCAUUCGGCCAAAGUUCGGUCAACCCAUUUGGAACGUCAACAGCACAAGCAGCUCCGGGUGGCAACAUAUUCUCAUUUGGCAGCUCAACAGGGCCAGCAACUUCAGAUGCUUUCAACCAUGGAAAUACGCCUACAAGCAACCUGUUCUCCUUUGGUGGUAUUUCACAGCCUGCGCCAGCAAGCCCCAGCGUUAGCUUCGGAUCUGGACCACCUGCAGACAGCAAGCCGGCGGGCAGCCCUUUUCAAUUCGGCCAGCAAGCCACGAAACCUCAGUCAUUCAAUUCGCCCUUCAACUUCAGUUCUUCCGCGCCUCAAGAGAAACCAGCGACUCCUCAGCCUCAGAAGUCAGCCUCGCUCUUCAAUUUCGGCUCAACAGCAGAACAAAACACCCCGCAAAGCCAAGCACCAAAGUCCCCUUUCAUUUUUGGAUCGAAAGUAGCGCAGGAGAAGUCUGCAACUACCCCGUUUGUAUUUGGUCAAAAUCCAGCUCCGGUAUCAAAUUCUGGCGUGAACUUUGGCUCCCAACCUGCGACUGCGCUUCCUCUCAGUAACCUAUUUGGACCCUCUACUUCUCAACCAGUACUGACUCCGAACGUCUUUGGCCCGACUGCACCAACGAGUAAUCUGUUUGGAAGCACAACUCCUUCUAUGAACAACCUGGGUGGAAGCAGAGACGAAAGCCCAGCAUCUACUAGCAACAACUUGUUUGCCAAGCCACCAGCUACUACACCCUCAACUUCUGGCUCACUGCCGACGUCCAACAUCUUCGGAGAGCAGCGGCCUCCGGCGCCUAAUAACAUCUUUGGCGGCUUGAACAAACCGUCGUCCACAGCCAACGGGCUUGGUAGUACAGGCAAGACAUUGACAGCAGCGAGUAAUCUAUUUGGCCAGGCCAACUCCGAGCAGUCAGGAACGAACGACCCUUUCGGAGCUCUGAACAAGCCAGUUGAUGAAUUCGUGAAACAGCAUCAGGGCAACAGUGGCUUCAGAGGUAGUUCAAAUAGUGUUGAGAGCGUGACUUCAUUAGCGGAAUCGAGUUCUCCAUUCAAGAAAGCGCCCUCCCUCUUUGGUCAAUCUUCUCCUUCAAACCAUAACAACAAUGGCGCGACCAAUAGCGCCAGGCCACAGAAUCUGUCUACUUCAACACCGCCUUCUUUCCAACACAUUCCCAAGAUCUCUUCUCCAUUGACAGACGCUCCCAUGGCAGCCAGUCAACCUCCACCAAGCGGGAUGUUUCCCAAUCUACUCCAGCCAAGCAAGGGCUUACAGCAGGAAACUCAACACAAUGUACAGGUGAACUUUCUUGGUUCCUCAUUCCCUCUAUCAGCCGAUCAUCCAGCCUUGGCCUCUGGACCCGACCCCUUCAAUAUCACAGACGAGCAGGUUGCUAAGGUCUUGCCUGGCGACGUGAAAGAUGACCCGCAAGUCAAGGCGAACUGGAUUACAAAGUACCGGAUCGAUGCCAUGAAUCAAGCAAUGUCGGCCAUGUUUGAAGUGCUCCCUGCAGAUGUCAAUCCUCGUCCCACAUUACUUCGCUAUAUUAAGCUGCGAGGGAAAUUGGUAGAGGAACACAAUGCUUGUCAGGAACGACUCAGCCGGAGCGGCAGAAACAGCAGCAAUUUCGCAAGAGACACUGCUACCAACCCAUUCCGGGUUGUUGGCUCAGCCACUACGGGUCAAACACCUACCAAGCGCAAGCUGAUUUUGGAUGAAGACCGAGAGAAUGAAAAUCCUACCGAGCGAACGAAGGAGCAAUCAACACAAGGAGAACUUCCAGCUACUUCUGAUCCCAAGCCUUCAUGUAAUGGCAACGUUAGCAGUGCAGCCAGCAAUGCUUUACAGGAGCCCGGUUCUGACAAACCGGCGGCCGUCAGUCAUAAUGGAAAUCCAUCAUCCAACUUCGCCACUCCUUCCCCGAUGAAGAACAAAAGAAAAGCCGAAAAUCAGAUUACCAAGGACACCGAAGAGGUGAGCCCACUGAGACAGAUCAAGACACCUAGAUUGAAUGGUAGUACUGUUGGAUCCAACACUUCAAACAUUUUCAAAAACAUUCUCGACAGCCCUUCACCAUCAAAGUCAAGUAGCCCCACAAAGUUCAGCCCAGAAAAGAAGACUGCUCCUCUCCCGGAACCAAGAGAGGAAACUUCUAGGAUCAAUCCGUUCGGGAAAUUGCCAGUGCCCGCCUCGCCUCCUAAAUCCAGCUCCUCUCCAGUUGCAUCAGCUCCUUCGGCCACAUUUACCUCUAAGGUAGCAUCGCCAUCCCCAAGCGUUUUCGCUCCACUGAACACCCCGGGUGCGAAUACAACAUUCGACCCCGAAAAAUCCAAGACUCCCGGGUUGUUUGGCACUCCAACUCCUGCCGAGUUGAAGACGUUCAUUCCAAAUGUUGCAGGCCGCGUCCCUAAGAAUCCAUUCUCCUCUAAGCCUACAGGUGGAACCACGAACGAUACCGUGUCGGCAGCAAAGGGAAGCACUCUCAAGCCACCUACCUUCUCGACAGUGCCUGUGGAUUUCCUUGCUCAGUUCGGCAAAAAAGCUUCGGAGGAUAAAGAGGAUAAUGAGAAGAAGCUCCUACAGAAGGCAAUUGAUGCGGACUAUGAUUCUGAUGACGGUGAUCUGGAGGAUUUCAAAGCGAAAUACUAUGAGAAACGUAGGAAUGAACUGAAGGCAUUGGAAGACCUGGCAAAGAAUACGCGUAAUGCUUUCGUCCCCAACUCUGACAAAGCAGACUCAGACAAGUCUGUUUCAACGAGUUUGACGCCUGAAUCCUUAAACAAAGUUGUCACAUCGAAGCCAUUUUUUGGUCAGAACAGCGCCAAUCAAGGUUCGGGAAACAGCGUCUUCAGCUCUUUGAACGUCUCUAGGACUUCAACCCCAGGACCUCUGGGAAGCAGCACCGGUUCUGUUCUUGAUGGACAUGUAUCGACUAAAUCAAUCUCGUUCGGUGGCAAUAUUUUCGGCCACCUUUCUGAUGCAGAUAGUGGGAAGGGCAACGAUGCUGAUGAUGAAAGCGCAGAUGAAGAAACUGAUGGAGAUGAAGAGAAUCGAGAUCCCAACUAUCAGCCAGGUGAUGAUCCCAGCGGACCGGGUACACCGGCUUCAGAAACCGGAGAUGGAAUUGCUUCUGCAAAGAAAACGAACCUUUCCAGUAGUUAUGGCACUCUCAAGGCAAACCCAUUCGGUUCAGGUUCUAGCACACCAGGUGGAAGCCUGUUUGGUAGAGUAGGAAGUAAAGAACCAGCCACAGAAAGGGAGCAAAGUGGCACAUCAACUCCGGGACGCAGCCUUUUCGACCGAAUUGGAAGCAGAGAUACUCCAGCAGAGAAGGAACAUGGUGGUAGUACUACUCCUGGGGGCAAUCUCUUUGAUAGAAUCACCAAAGAUAGUAAUGGUAAUCCUGUUCGGCACAUCUCUACCGAGGAGAAGGAGAACACUCAUCCAAGCACAUCCAAUAUCUUCAAGGAUGCUAGCAGCCCCUUCAGCAAUCCUUUCAAAAAAGCCACUGGAGCGCCUACCGACCAGACUUGGAAACCAGAUAGCCCCAUAAGAUUUGGCGCAGCAGCAGAUACCGAGACGAGUGUUUCAGCACCCACUGUCAGCAUCACAACGGCCACACCUACGAAAACAGGCAAUUCUUCAAAUAUCUUUGGCGGACCCACCUCGGCUCCUGCAUCCAACUCAUUCGGUAGCAAGGAUCCAAAGCCUACUCUGUCCAACCUCUUUGGCAGCUCCAGCAGUGCGAAGGGGCCAUCCUCAGGAAAUGUUGGCUUUGGUUUCGGAGCACCUAGCGUCACGUCCUCACUCUUCCCAUCUGCUACUGGCUCUGCAAACACCUCGAGGGCAACCUCUCCAGGCGUUACGACUGAUGCGGACAGUGGUGUGGAUGGAGAUCCUGACGCUGAGGUCCACGAGCAGAUCAACCUGACAUCUGGUGGCCCUGGUGAGGAGAAUGAGAAAGUUCUGUUUGAAGUCCGUGCAAAGGCACUCAUGUUCACUACAACCCCUGAAGAAGGUAGCAAGUGGACGACGAAAGGCUUGGGACCUCUCAGAGUUCUCCAGGAUAAAGAUACGAAUGCUGUUAGAAUGCUACUUCGUGCUGACCCCCUCGGCACAGUUAUCCUGAACAAAGCGCUUCUUUCCCAAGUCAACUACGAGGCAGCGGCAAAGACAGUUAAGCUUCUCGCAAAUGCUGGUGAUGGGAAGGGCUUGGAGACAUGGCUCUUGCAAGUUAAGACAGUGGAGUUAGCAAAGGAGUUGGCAGAGGUCCUGGAGAAGAAUAAGUCAUUUUGAGAAAUGACGUGGAUGGUGCAUAUGGUCAUUGGUCCAUUCACUGGUUGAUCUAGGGAGGGGAUCUGGGGUCAGACUUGUAUUUCCGCCGGUAUCUUCAUGUGGGAUGCGUGUCUUUCAGUGCGGUGACCCAACGUGGCUCCGUGUUUCGGUUGGACAAGAGGUCAUCGAGGACUGCAUGGGUGGCGUUGCA